CAAGAACUUGUCAACUAUUCAGAAACCCCCGUCUCAGCCUACAUACCUGCAUACAACUGCUGGUCUUAAGUUUGAUCGACAUCAACCUUGCAGAGCAACCACACCACAUACGCAUACUUCCUCGACUGACUAGGUAGUCUACCUUGCCAGUAUUUUUUUCAACAUGGACAGAACCAACCAAUCAGUUUCUUCCAACAAAUGCACUUGGGGUUCCGCUGGGAACCGGCCCCUCUCUCCCCAUCCCGACCCCGCCGCCGCCGGAGAUCGUGAUAGAAACGCUCUAAACGACAUGCACUGUCCUAAAUAUCCUCCGCCCAACGCCGACGACUUGGGUAGCGAACUGGGCGAUAUGUACGCCAAGUCGGCAAAGCUACAGCCCAGUCGCAUCGACAAAUAGAAAGAAAAAAGAACAUGGAAUAAGAGGCAGACUGGGCCGUCGUCUAAGCUAAAAAGAGAGAGAGAAUAUGAGUGCAUCGCUGCAAAGACAAGACAAGACAAGACAAGACAAAACAGGAUAAAAUUGUGUCGCGAGACUGGUUGUUUGGAUAACAUCACUGCACCUGGUUUAUUUAUCGAAUUUUUUCAUUCAUCGUUGUUUCUCUCGUUUUGUUUCUGGUGUUGGUUAUUCUUUGUUUCUAUUUGUAUAUAUAUACACAGGACGGGUGUCAAGCAUUGGGUGGGAGCCAUACAGAUUGCUUCAGAUAGAUCAACUCAUUAUAAACUUGG